UGGAAGAGUGAGUAUAGUUGAAAAUCUUUCAGUUUGAGUGGUUACGAACAAUGCAUACCCGCUUUUUAUCAGCAGUUAUACUUGUGAUCGCUUCAGUGUGGACAACUAAGUCGGUCUCAGACGGCCUUGUGGUCCGAGUGUCGGGAACUGGAACAGAUGAUAAAUCUUGUCGGAAAUCGAAUGCAACCUUUCCGUGUAGAUCCUUAGGAUUCGCCUUGGAAGCCUUGAAGGACUCAAGCAAUCGAAAUGAAACGAUUUUCACUUUUUUGGUUGACGCUGGGAACGUUUACAGUCUCAACGAGAGCGUCAAAAUUAACCAGACAAGUACCUCGGUCAUCGUGUAUCUGAAAUCUAGCAGUAACUCAACUGGUGGUCGAUCGAUUAUUCGUUGCGCGGAUGCAAAGGCUGGAAUCGAGAUAGGAUCAAACACGAGUAAUACAAGAAACAUUAACUUUGUGGACCUUGAAUUUCAAAACUGCAGUUCUCGCUCUGUUGCUGCUGUUGUUUUAAUCUGGAAUUCUCGGGAUAUUAACUUCACGAAUUGCGUAUUUAGAAACAACACCAAAGCGGGGAUCAAUGCUUUUGAUAGCAGCGUGACAAUUGAAAGUUGCCAUUUCUUGAACAACACCUCCAAUGGAAAUGAUUCAGGGGAACCUUUGUACAUAGAAGGUGUCACUUCCGCAGGUGGUGGAGCGGGAUUUUUAUAUCAAGAGGCUGGGAAUCUUUCCUUAAUAGUCAAAGACUCUAUCUUCGAGUUCAACUCCGCCGUUACAAAUGACACUACAGAAUUUGUCGCGCCAACCUAUAAUGUAUCACAAAUAAUUCAAGUUGGCGGAGGCCUUCUUGUUGUGUUCAGAAAAAACGCACAAUUUUGCCGGGCUUGGAUAGAAAAUACUCGAUUUGCGAAAAACAGCGCAACGAUCGGAGGUGGACUCUACGUCGAGCAAUCUGACUUGGCCGUGGGCAACAACUUCACAAUGGUUAGCUCGAAUUUGUCAGGGAAUACAGCGGGACAGGCGGCAGGGGGACUAAGUUUGACACAAUGGAACAAUGCUUCCAGCUUCACAACAGUGUUUAAAAAUUGCAUCGUUAGCGAAAACGAGGCACAGCGAGGAGCGGGGAUGAAUGUAUUUUUUAUGAACUCCGAUGCAACUUACAAAGACUCCGUGUUAAGGUCAGUUAGAGGCCCACCUGUAUGCAUUGAAAUUCUGGGUACAAAGCCAAUGACGCUAUUGGGUUUUUUGAUAAAAACUGUAUUUCAUUUUUUUUUUUUUAAUUUCAACGAAUAUUCCGCCGAUAAUUUUAGUAUGGUCAACUCUCCUCUCGCUGGCAGGAUAGCAAAUACUUUCUGCGCUUAAGCGGCAGGUUCUAUAGUUAAUCAAAAUUUUCAGACAACUGCCUUCAAAUCAAUUUCUUUCCGCAUUCCCCAGACUUCCGCUAAAAGGACAGGGGCACCCAACGAGGAUAUAGUUCAAAACCACUUAAACAUAGCAUUGUUAAACUUUUGUUAGUAUUUAAACAGUAGAUAUAGCAUAUUUGUAUCCCCUAAAAAUUUCUCAUAUGUUCGGAUUUCCUAGCUGAAAGUCUAGUGAUCCGAAAAUUGUAGGGAUCAAAACUUACCUUUUUGAAAAUUUCAGCCAGAAAAAAGGCUCCCGGAAAUUCUAGGUGACCUUUUUAGGGCAAAAAUCCGUUGAAAAUGGGCAAUUAUACCAUUUUUUCAGAUGUUCGAGAAUCCUAGUAGAGGCAGGCAAGCAAGAAAUUGUACAACAAAUGUUCCGAAAAUUCUAGAUCUCAAAUCGUCUUCCGAACAGAUAUUUGACUUGACUUGCCCCUCAAAGGAGUCAACUCUCGGUCCCGGCGGCGGGGUAUUCGCAAUCGAAAGGAAGUUGACAGGCUGUAUUAUUCACCCUGAUUUAAAUCCAUUUACCGCAUAUAAGGGAAUUCAGAUUCCGGAAUCCGGCAAAUUUUUGCUUGUGGAAUCUGGAAUACAGAUAGAGGAAUCCGGGAUUGGAAUCAAGAAUUCAAGUUCCACUAACAAAGACUGGAAUCCAGUACCUGGAAUCCGGAAUCCACAGCGUGGAAUCCAGAGUCCAAAAUCCAGGCUAGAACUGUCUUGAAUUGGCGUGACAUGUGACGAAUCCAUCCUAAAAGGCAAAUGACAAAUGGUCAACCUGACGACUAACCCUUGCAGUGCAGUAUUUAGCCUGUGGACUGUUUACUACCUUACCUAGUUUUCCGGUCAAAAAUUGGUUUCGAGAAAGUGUUGCCGUGGGUGCAUGAUAUCAUGGCUCCGAACAUGCCAUUUUUUUCGUAUAAGUCUGUUCAACAGAACCUAAUGUUACCUAAAAAUUAUUACAGUCGACAACUCUCUUUAAAAUGGACACCUUUGGUACCGACACUAUCUUUGAGAUAUGUCCGUCUUAAAGAGAGGCAACUUUUAAGGGUUAUAGAAGGGAAGGGACCCACCCUAGCCGGGUCUGUGUUCUAGUGAGUUGUCCGU